UGACUAACUUGAGUGGCACUGGGCUCUGCGUCAGUCCUAGGGAAGACUGGAAUGUGCAGGGUUUGGAGGUCACCUAGGCUGGCCAGCAACUUCUUAGGGGAAGUGAACUACUUGGGGUGUUCUUAGAGAUGGGUUGCUGCUGGGACCCGCUGCUCUUGGCCCCAGGUGCCAUGACACUGGUGAGGGUGUGGCUACUGGUGCUGUCGUUCAAUAUAGACCUGGCCCAGAAGAAUCUGGAAGAGGUGCCAGUGCAGCCGGACUUUGAUGCACAUAAGGUGGAAGGACGUUGGUUUACCAUCCAACUGGCCACAAGCCUCAGGGACCUAGUCUUGCCCACUGACCCCCUGAGACUUUCUCUCCACUCCAUUUGGACCAGAGACAAUGGGGAUGUGAACUUUGUGCUGUUUGAGAAAGGAGAGGGGUUGUGCACAGGAUUUAAUGUUACCGUCCAUCCAACUGGGCUCCAAGGCCAGUACCAAGGAACCUUUGAUGGGGGCAAAUUGCACGUGCAUUUCGUCAGCACUGACUACAACCACCUCAUUCUUUAUGCACGUUUUGAGGACAACGAAGUCAUCAACCUGUGGGCACUUCUGGCGAGAAGAAUGCUUGAAGAUCCCAUGUGGCUGGGCAAAUACCUGGGAUUUGUAGAGAAAUUCUACCUUCAAAAGGCCCUCGUCUUCAACAUAGCUGACCAGUGUCCCCCAGACAGGGCCUCGAUGAGCCCACUGCUUGAGGCUUCCACAUGAGCCCCUCAACCUUCUGCCGCUCAGCCUCCUUCGGUUUUCUCACCAGGGCCAGCAGCUCAAAAAACCCCUCUGUCCCUCCUAGGGGUCUGGAUCCCAGAGCCCAGAACUCAGGGCCUGCAGCUGACCCCUUCCGGCUUUGUCUUUCCCCACCCACUUUCUGUGGUAAUCAAUAUUAUCAAACAACAGGGACAGACAUGCAAGGCUCCCAGCCUGGCCUGUGGCUUAGGAUCUAUGGGCUUGCAAAGGGGUGAGCAAAGCUCUGUGUUCAGAAAGCUCCCCGAUCUUGCACACAGAAGUGUUUCUUGAGGAAUGAGGGGAGGCCCAGGCACAGGAUGCUUGCCUAGCACACUCAAGACCUAGCUUCCCUCCAUCUUUGGUAACAAAUGAAGAGUGAUUUGAAUACAUAGAGAUGUGACAUCCCUGUGUAGCCUUCAAUGUUUUAGGAAGCAUGACCCUCACUCAGUAAUAAAUAAAACUGUAAAAAGUAA